CUGCGGCCCGCCCGGGAUGGGCCAGCCCUGGCCUGGCGGGGCCGAGCCGGAGGCGAGGGCGGCGCGCGGGCCAGGCCUGCCGGGCGGGCGGCCGGGGGGCUGAGGUAGAAGUGGGCGCGUAGGAAGGGGCCGAGCCAAGGCGGUGGGUGGAGCGGCGAGGGGGGCGGAGGCUGGGCCGCGGCGGGCGAGAGAAGCGCAGCGCCUGUCCGGGGCUCGGUGGCGGCGGCGGCGCCUGAGGAGGCAGAGGAGGCGGCGGGCCGGACGAGUGCCCGGAGGUGGCGGACGAGGCGCCGGGGGCCCCCAUGGGCGGGUGUGUGGGCGCCCAGCACGACUCCUCGGGCAGCCUCAACGAGAACUCGGAGGGCACCGGAGUCGCCUUAGGUCGUAACCAGCCUUUGAAAAAGGAGAAACCCAAAUGGAAAAGCGAUUAUCCCAUGACAGAUGGACAACUGCGCAGCAAGAGGGACGAAUUUUGGGACACCGCACCAGCUUUUGAAGGCCGUAAAGAGAUUUGGGAUGCCUUGAAGGCUGCUGCACAUGCUUUUGAGAGCAAUGAUCAUGAACUGGCACAAGCAAUCAUUGAUGGUGCAAACAUAACAUUACCACAUGGUGCACUCACAGAGUGCUAUGAUGAACUGGGCAACCGAUAUCAGCUUCCAGUCUACUGCCUGGCACCACCAAUCAACAUGAUAGAGGAAAAGAGCGACAUAGAGACUCUGGAUAUUCCUGAGCCACCGCCUAAUUCUGGAUAUGAAUGUCAGCUCCGUUUGCGCCUUUCUACAGGCAAAGACCUCAAACUUGUGGUCCGCAGCACAGACACUGUAUACCACAUGAAGAGGAGGCUACAUGCAGCAGAAGGCGUGGAACCGAGUAGCCAGCGAUGGUUCUUUUCUGGCAGACCUCUUACCGACAAAAUGAAGUUGGAAGAGCUGAAGAUCCCAAAGGACUAUGUUGUACAAGUUAUAAUGAGCCAGCCUUUGCAAAACCCAACACCAGUUGAGAACUGAUUGGUCCUAUUGGCUGGUCCCAAGAUCCCGCCCGCUCCUUUUUAUUGUUGUCGUUGUCAUUUCCUACUCUAUGGCGUGAAAUUUAUUUUCACUGCUCUGAAUUCCGUAUGAAUGGAUUUAGUUCUGAGGAAUUACCAGUGAAAACUUCCAUCUGUGAUGGAGACCAACAAAAAUUAUUAAUAAAACACAAAGAGCCAGCCUUUGAGACUCAUGUAAUUAGUUUCUAAUUUGAAAGGCAGUUAAAAAAUAGAUAACCAUUUAUUUUAAAACACCCAACAAUGUAAUGACUGUAUUUAAAUGAUUUGGACUGUAAAUAGAAUGUUAUGUCCAUAAAGAACAGCACCAAGCACCUUGUGAAUACAGAUUAAAAUACAUACAUAUAUAUAUA